AGUGCAUUGCCCGUUUAAAUCUCCAUCGCGACGACUUUACAGUGGUUUCACAAUCAGUAGCUGUUCAGAGAUUUCAUAUUAAACGGAGACAACGACGCGACCACGAGACGGAACAGAUCUCUCUCUCUCUCUCUCUCUCUCUCUCUCUCUCUCUUCCUCUCCUCUCUGCCGGCAGCUGACACAGUUUGACUAAAGCCUCAACAUGCCUGUGGCGUCGACUGGCACAGAGCCUGCGGUACCCCCCCAGGUCCUGGAUACCCUGAGUGACAGCAACAGCUCCACCACCGCCAAUGACCUGGACCUCAUCUUCCUCAAGGGCAUCAUAGACAGCCCCGUGGAGCCAGAGAGUCUGGAAGAGACCAGGUUGGAGGCAGUGAGGGACAACAACGUAGAGCUGGUCGAGGAGAUCCUCAGAGAGCUGAGUCCCUUCACACACCAAAGCAACAGCGCAGCAGAGCUCACGCGCAUCCUCAAUGAACCCCACUUUCAGUCUCUGCUGGAGACCCAUGACUCGGUGGCGUCCCAGGUGUGUGACACCCCACCCCCCAGCCCCUGUGCCUACAUGGAGCUCCCUGUCAGCAACCAGCCCGUGCCCCCAGAUGCCGUCCGGAUGGUGGGCAUCCGCAAAGUGGCUGGUGAACACUUGGGCGUGACUUUCCGUGUGGAGGCGGGGGAGCUGGUGAUUGCCAGGAUCCUCCACGGAGGGAUGAUCGACCAGCAGGGACUCCUCCAUGCGGGUGACAUCAUCAAGGAGGUGAACGGGAAGGAGGUGGGUGAGGACCCGAGGGUUCUGCAGGAGAUGCUGCAGGAUGCCAGCGGCAGCGUGGUGCUCAAGAUCCUCCCUAGCUAUCAGGAGGGCCAUGCGCCAGGACAGGUGUUUGUGAAGUGUCACUAUGACUACGACCCAGCCAAUGACAACCUGAUCCCGUGUAAAGAGGCAGGGCUUAAGUUCUACACCGGUGACAUCCUGCAGAUCGUCAAUCAGGAUGACCUCAACUGGUGGCAGGCUCGUCGUUGUGUGGAGGGAGGCAGCGCUGGGCUGAUCCCCAGUCAGCUGCUGGAGGAGAAGAGAAAAGCCUUUGUCAAGCGAGACGUGGAGCUGGCCCCCGCAGGAAAUCUUUGUACUGGAGUGGCGGGAAAGAACAAGAAGAAAAAGAUGAUGUAUCUAACCACUAAGAAUGCAGAGUUUGACAGGCAUGAGUUGCUGAUCUAUGAGGAGGUUGCCAAGGUGCCUCCAUUCCGCAGGAAGACGUUGGUUCUGAUUGGUGCUCUGGGAGUGGGCCGACGCAGCCUGAAGAACAAACUGCUGCUCUCUGACCCACAACACUACGGCACCACCAUCCCCCACACCUCCAGAAAGCCAAAGUCAGGGGAGCGGGAGGACCAGAUGUAUGCCUUCACCUCGCGGAGCAAGAUGGAGGCGGACAUCAAGAAUGGCCGCUACCUGGAGCAUGGCGAGUACGACGGCAAUCUCUACGGCACCAAGAUGGACUCCAUCCAUGAGGUGGUGGAGGCCGGUCGUAUCUGUGUACUGGACGCCAAUCCUCAGGCCUUGAAGGUACUGCGGACGUCGGAGUUCCUGCCUUACGUGGUGUUCAUUGAGGCCCCUGAUUUUGAGGUCCUUAAGGCCAUGAACCAGUCGGCCAUCGAGACUGGAGUUGUCACCAAGCAGCUGACGGACUCAGAGCUGAAGAGAACAGUGGAUGAGAGCACCCGCAUCCAGACGGCCUACGGACACUACUUUGACCUCACCAUCAUCAACGACAACCUGGACGAGAGCUACAGGAACCUGAAGGCAGCCCUGGAGAAGGUCUCUGCUACCCAGCAGUGGGUCCCAGUCACCUGGGUCUUCUAGUGGGAGACAGAAGGACAAAAGAGGGUGGUGUCGAACACUUGUUCUCUCAUUCAUCCCCACAAGACAUCUGAAGAUACUGUCUGGCUCAUCAUCACUGUGACCUCUGGACCUCUGACCUUUGGACGCCAUACUGUACAUAAGACUGAACUGACAGCAUUCUUUUUGCUGUGUAUGUAUUGCUUUUGGAAAUUUGUCGACAAAUUUGGGCAUUAUGGGAUUCUGGUGUGUGUGUGCAUGUGUGUGCAUGUGCGUGCAUUCGUGCAGUUGCAGAGUGUCUUUACCAUAAUCCUGUUCACGACAUUGACUCUUUAGUUCAGCAAGACUUCAUCUAUGUUUACAUGAAUCAUAAAUGGACAUUCAGAAUAGUAAAUAGAUAAUCUUACAUCAAAACAGUGGUAGAUGGCCUUCUACUGUUUAUGUCUUCACUACAGGCUCUGACACACACACACACACACACACCAAAUUCUAUUUUUAUUACCACAUUCUAUUUUGUGUAUGGUUGCGUUCAAGUCGGAACACUUUUUGACCCCUACUGUUGGGUAUUUCUUUUUUCUAUCAUUUCAAAAAGUCCAGACACCAAGGUGUGAUAGUAAAACAUAAAAAUAAUUUGGAGAUAGCAUAUAGAUGCAUAGAGAGAUGUGUAUGAUAGAUGGACUGUAAGCACAACCGUUAUUUAGGUAACCACACAGAUACUUUACGUAUAUGUUUUUGACGUGCCAAAAGCCUCCUUUCUCUUUUAUUUCAUAAGAAUACUAUUCCCAGGUACAUCCCUGCGGUACAGUACAGUACACACCCGUUUGACAAGGUAACGGCUCCGGCAUUUUACUUGAUGGGUCCCUUGGUGUUUACUUGUCAAACUGGGGCAGACCUUUUUAUUCCACUUUCGUAACAGAGGAUCUUGUGAUGCAGUGGUACAGGAUGCCUAUUGGGUCAGUUGAAAUCGAUGCACCGCAGGCGUUUGGGAAAUUUGGCGAUGAUUAGUUUGGGGUUGUAUUCACUAGACACGAAACAGAAGAAAACAGACUGAGGACGUACCCUGUACUGUAUAGCUUGUUUUCGUUUUCUGUUUGCGAAACAUUUAGCGAGAAUGUGCCCUAAUGAACAUGACCCUGUAAACUCCAGAGAAACGACAUACAACAAUGACAAGUUUGUGUGCACCUGAUGAGUGCACGGUCAUAGUUUCUUCCUUUUAGCAUGGUUUCUGCAUUCCAUGAUGCUCACGUGUAUCCAUGGCAUUUUCAAAUACCUACAAUAUGAGUUUGGAGAUUUCAAUUAGUUGAAUUCAUGGUUGAACGAUUUCAAGAACCUUGUGUAUUUGACUGUGUAUCAGUCGCCUUUUCUAGACGUACUGUAAAUGACAGACUGUGAAUGUAGAUAUACAGUAGACUAGAGGCAAACACUAACUACAGUGACAGUGUGUUGUUUAUAGGAAAAUGAACUGUACAUUUGAUGAUGUCCACAAUUAAACGUCUAAAAUCAA